AUGGAAAACUUCUCUACGCUCAUAAAAUUCUGCCAGGAAAAUAUUUGCAAUGUUUCUAAAUUCAAAGAAACAUGUAAAGAAGUUCGUGGCAAAAAAUCCAUUUUUGGAAAUAACAAUGAUAAAAAUAAGAUAUUUGAUAUGUGUGAUAAGAUAUUCAAGGACCCCGGUAAAUCAAAACAGUUUAUAGAACAACUUGAAUCUCAAUUAUCCACGCAUAUUGAAAAGGUCGGAGCAUACGUGAUUAAAGAAGUGGAAGAAUUUGAAUAUCCGGUUGCUCGUAUUAUUGCAGCUCAAAGGUAUCCAAAUAUCGAAAUGACUACUG